AUGGAACGCAGAAUUAUUGAGUGGGAUCAAGGAUGGAACUCUAUCCAGGAGGGGAUUAUGAAUAUAAAGUGGAGAAUUGCAGAAGGGUUACCAGAGAAUCAAGUCAAUGCCCCAGUAUAUGUUGAUAUUUACACCACUAUCUAUAACAUGUGCAUUCAAAAACCUCCCCAUGAUUAUGCUCAGCAGUUUUAUGACAAAUAUCAGAAGACAUUUGAGGAACACCUUACUUCAACGGUGUUGCCCUCUUUGAAAGCGAAGCAUGAAGAGUUUCUGUUGCAGGAGUUUGUUAAAAGUUGGGCAGAUCAUAAGGUUAUGCUUCGGUGGAUGUCCCGCGCCUUUUCAUAUCUUGAUCGCUACUUCCUCGCUCAGAGAAGGCUUCCUGGCCUAAAGGAAGCUGCAAUUAUCUACUACCGCAAUUUGGUUUACCAGGAGGUAAAUGCUAACGUGAGAGAAGCUGCAAUUCGUCUUAUUGAUGAGGAACGAGAGGGAGGAGAAAUUGACAGAGCACUUUUGAAGAAUGUGAUAGAUAUAUUUGUUGAAAUUGGAGCGGGACAAAUGGAUGCGUACGAAAAGGACUUCGAAGGAUACAUGCUAAACGAUACUCGUGAUUACUAUUCUCGUAGAGCAUCAAGAUGGAUGUUGGAGGACAGUUACACGAGUUACAUGUUGAAGGCAGAGGCAUGCUUGAGAAGAGAGAAGGAUAUAGUUUCUCAUUACCUGCAUCCAAGAAGUGAGCAGAAACUGGUGGCAAUAGUGGAACAUGAGUUGUUGGUGUUUUAUAAAACUCAACUGACUGAAAAGAAGCAUUCUGAUUCUGGAUCUAGUACUUUCACGGGAGAUGAUAAUGUGGAGUAUCUUUCUAGGAAGCUUGCAGCUAAUGGAAUUUUGUAA